GGGAAGUCCUAAGACAUUGGGAUUUCCCGGGGCUCCACUCUGGCCAGCCCAGGGGCCUCUGGUCCGCCCUACCCAGCCAGCCGCAGCAGCAAACCCAGUCAGAUGAAGCUAACGGAGUCAGGCCUUGUGUGCCCCCGCCCCGCCCCCCCUCGUGGUCUGGCAGCUUCGAGGAGAGCCAGGCUGCCUAAAGGCUCCUUCUGUCCCCCCAGCACAGGCAGCCACCACUCGGGCCUUGCCCAGGAGGGGAGCAUGGAGCAGGAGGCGGUGGCCCCUGGCAUCUGGAGACUUGGGGUCCAGUUUCAGGAAUCUGUAUCAUUUGAAGAGGUAGCCGUGGAUUUCAGCCAGGAGGAAUGGUGCUUCCUGAAUGCUGCUCAGAAGGAGCUGUACAAGGAAGUGAUGCUGGAGAACUAUAGGAACCUGGUUUCCCUGGGGCUUCCAGUUUGCAAACCGGAUGUGAUCUCCCAAUUGGAGCAAGGGGAAGCCCCCUGGAUGCUGGAGAGAGAAGGCCCCCUGAGAGCUUCCCUUGUAGGUGAGUGACUAAAACCAGCCCAGCCUGCUGCCAUAAACUCAAGGUAUCAUUUUCUGGAAAUGUGGGAGAGAAAACACUCCUCAAAGUACCUUCUCAGCCAGACUCUUUAGGAAGGACUGAAACUUGCUUCA